UUGGCAGAGUGGAGUAUCACGGCUCAAGGGAGCAAAUCUCUGCUGGGCCAACUUGUAGUUCGUCUUUUAUGGCUUUGCGAUGUCUGGCGACCGGAGCCGACCCCGUUCUCUUUGGUCAGGAUGUACCGCGGCCACGCCAUCGGAAGGAUCUGAUAAGAUGAGUGGAUCAAAGCUAAGCAAUGGAAGGCUAGUAGACAUGAGGCCUCCUGCAGCCGUCACCACAAUUUAAGCUCUAGCCCAGGCUGGGAGGCCAACCAAGCAUUUAGCUGAAAAUAUUGGCUCGAGGUCGAACGACCUUGUCCCGUGGGUGGACCAUGAGACUCGAAUAUAUAGUGCCUCGGCUGCAGGCACGAGUUGGCCCUCCUCCUAAGUUUCCUUCACAGAUUGUGACAGAUCCUCCUAGACAUGGCAGCUACAACGGAUCCUAUUGAUGCGGCCCAGAACAAUGUCGAUAUCAGCCAUGAGCCGAAGAGGGAGAUGAGCACCUUCGAUGUUGACGAGGACGAGGCCAUCCGUAAGGUCGAGGCUGCUACAACUGUCGAUUUGAAUGCGCAGCAAGGUAUCAAGAACGUCGAAGCUGUCACUUUGACAUGGACCAAGACCUCGCUCGCAUGUGCAUUUGCAUGCAUGUGGAUGUUAUACCUCACCAAUGCUUUUCAGUCGUCCAUCACCAGUAACCUCACACCAUACGUUACCAGCGAGUUCGAAGAGCACUCACUCCUGACUGUCAUCAACAUCGUCUCGAACUCCAUGGCCGCUGCUGUGUACAUCCCAACCGCCAAAUUGCUCGAUCUCUGGGGCCGCGCUGAGGGUUUCUGUGUCAUGGUUGGCUUUGCUACCCUGGGACUUGUCCUUAUGGCCGUCUGCAAGAGCCUCUACACCUAUUGCGCCGCCCAAGUCUUCUACACCAUCGGCUUUGGUGGCAUGAUCUACUGUGUGGAUGUCAUCACUGCGGACGCGUCGAGUCUGAAGCAUCGAGGAUUGGCUUUCGCUUUUACGUCCUCCCCGUAUAUCAUCACCGCUUUUGCUGGUCCCAAGUCGGCCGAGGGAUUUUAUAAUAACGUCAAAAACUGGCGUUGGGGCUUCGGUGCUUUCGCCAUCAUCGUGCCGGUCGUAGCGUCACCGCUCUUCCUCAUCUUGAAGAUGAAUCUGAGGAAGGCUAGACGUGAGGGUGUGCUGCAGCGCGAGAAGAGCGGACGCACUAUCUUCCAGAGUAUCAUCUUCUAUAUUCGGGAGUUCGAUGCGCCCGGGGCGUUCCUUCUUGCUUGCGGUCUCGUCAUCUUCCUCCUCCCCUUUACGCUUGCCGACUCUGCCCCGAACGGAUGGAGCACCGGGUAUAUUAUUGCCAUGCUGGUGGUUGGAUUUGUUCUCCUAGUCCUAUUUGGACUACACGAACGCUUCACGGCUCAGGUUCCCUUCCUCCCUUUCAACCUUCUGCUGAACCGCUCCGUGGUUGGUGCCUGUCUGCUAUCGUUCACUUACCAGAUCUCUUACUACGCCUGGAACAGCUACUUCACGUCCUUCCUGCAAGUCGUCAGUAAUCUCACUAUUGCCGAGGCUGGAUACGUUUCAUCGACGUUCGAUGUCCUUUCCGGAUUUCUGUUGCUGAUCUGCGGUUUCAUCAUCAGCAAGACAGGUCGCUUUAGGUGGCUAUUGUUCAUCGCCAUUCCUUUCUACCUCCUCGGUCAGGGAUUGAUGAUCCACUUCCGCCAACCAGACACCAGCGUUGGCUACCUGGUUAUGUGCCAAAUCUUCAUCGCUAUCGGUGGUAGUAUCAUCAUCCUCUGCGAGCAGCUUGCCGUCAUGGCUGCUGCUGACCACCAGCACGUAGCGUCUGUACUUGCUCUGCUCAACAUCUUCGGGUGGCUCGGCGGUGCUGUCGGCAACACAAUUUCAGGUGCGAUUUGGACCAACUCAUUUCCCCAGGCUUUGGCAAAACUCUUGCCUGAGGAAGAUCUAGAGAACAUUGACUCGAUCUACGGGGAUCUUACUGUGCAGCUUAGCUUUGAGAGGGGAACUCCUACUCGUCUUGCGAUUGAGCAGGCAUACGGCAUUGCUCAGAGGAGGAUGCUUAUUGCCGGCACUUGUAUCAUGUGUCUCACGCUCAUCUGGAUUACGCUCAUUAAGAACUACAACGUAGCCAAGAUGCAGCAAACAAAGGGUCGGGUGUUCUAGACAGAGAUGAGCCGUCCUGCACUACACUAGUUAGAUAUUGAGGAGAUCUUCGUUGGUCCCUAUUCUGUUGUAGACAGCACUGAUAA